AUUAGCAUUUAAAUUUAGAUUUUUUCAUAUAAAAGUUAACAAAAAAACAUAGCUGUCGCAUAAUAAACGUUCUCAAAAGCAAGAUAUUGCUUCUUGUUGCCAUUUUAAACCAUUGGUAUCAUAUCCCUAGUUUAACAGGUUCUAUGAUCAGUUUUUAUGGGGCUUUAUACUUGUUAAUAGCCCACUGGGCCUUAAUAAAAUAAUUUUGAUGAUAAUAAUCAUUACAUUAUACGAAUAUAGAGGUAGAGGAGCCACAUCUUUUCAUGCAAUUGUACUUCUCCCGAGAGUCCAUGACCACUCUAUGCACUACUCUAAUUCUAUAACAUAAGAAAGAAAGAAAAAUGUAAAUGUAAAUGUAAAUGUAAAUGUGUAACUGUAUUACAUGAAACUGGUACCCUUUAGACAAUGGUCCACUCAGAAAAACUGGUCAAGGCUUUUUCCUUCUAUAGACAUCUAAAAAGCUAAUGCCAUUUCCCUACAAUUUCUCUUUCUAUAACUCUUCCCAAACAAUAUAAACAACCACAUUAGAUGCAGACAGCUACUAACCAAAAAUAAACACACACAAUAGAAGAAACAAAAACAAAGAAAACUCCAUGGACAUCACAAGAAACAGCAUCACCAAGCUCCAUCUUCAAACACAGUCUCUAUUUCCUCCUAAUAUGGAGAGAACUUUAGAUGUUGAGCCAAGAAUGAGCACAAACCCAUUUGCAGAAGAUUUCAUCAAAUCACUGCCAAUUUCAUCAAACCAAAGCAGUAACAGCAGCAGCAGUGAGAUGGUAAACGAAAGAAGACAGAGUUUCUCAACACAAAAGAGCAUUGGAGAAGGAAGAAGCAGUGGACAGAGAAAAGUGAUGUUAAUGGAGUCUCCUUGCACUCCAGGCAGAGGAGUUUUCAGCUUCAGUAGCAGCCUCUCUGGUAGAAGAAGAAACUUCCCUUCUAAAUGGGAUGAUGCCGAGAAAUGGGUCACCUCCAGUCAUGAAUCUCCUGCACAUUCACUCAAGAGCCAUCACAUCCUUAAAGAUAAGUUAGCAAACGAAGUGCUAUCAACGGAAGGGUUUAUAUUCAGAGAUCUCGAGGAAGAAGAAGAAGCUCAAGUCCAACACAGAGACAUGGGAACAGAGAUGACACCGGUCGGAAGCGUAACGACUUCAAGAUGUCACACGCCCUUCGAAAGCACGUCUCCAGCGAGACACAACACGCCUUCGAACAUGUCCGGUCCGUUGACAGAAACCAAAAACGUUAUAGACAUCUCCGAGUUCGCCAACAAGUUACGACUCAGCGGGUCAGCAGCGACUCAGUAUUAUAACUCAGUGACGAGUCACUGGAACUCGAGGGAAGAGGAGGAAGAAGAGAUAUCCAAGAGCUUAAGACAUUCCGACAUGGAAAGCGAGUUACGGAGAAGUGUUUCAGUAGCUGUAUGGGAUGAUGAAGACGACAAGAUCAAGUUUUGUCAAAGAUAUCAAAGAGAAGAAGCCAAGAUCAAAGCAUGGGUGAAUCUCCAAGAUGCUAAAGCCGAAGCUCAGUCCAGGAAACUCGAGGUGAAAAUACAAAAGAUGAGAUCAAAUUUUGAGGAGAAAAUGAUGAAGAGAAUGGAUACGGUGCACCGGAGAGCAGAAGAGUGGAGAGCUACGGCGAGGCAACAACAUGCUGAGCAGUUGAAGAGAGCCGCUGAGACGGCGAGGAAGUUGAGUAACCGCCGUGGCUAUUUGGUUGCCGGCCGUAGCUCAUGUGGUUGUCUUCCCUGUAAUAAUAGUGGUUCUUGUCACUAACUGCUUUAUGUGUUUGGAUUAAUCAAUAUUCUUAUGUUAUUUUACUGCUUUAUUAAUGAAGUUCAAAGAAGGAAAUAUAUAUAGUCUUUUCUGAUUACAUACUGAACAGUCUUAAAAAUUUGUGAAUUUAAGACUGGAUAAUAUACAUUAAGAUUCUAAAGAUUUUGAAAAGGAUAACACGAACUAGUGGAAGCUUUGAUUAUUUUUUUCAGUAUAGUAGAGUUUUGUUCUUUUUGUUUUUUUGCUUAACUAAACUCGAAUUGUUGUUGUCAUGCAAAAGUUUCAAAUCCAGACAAAACUUUUGCGUCUGAAAGGAGUAGAAACAGUCCUCACAACAAGUCACAGCUUUUCUUUCUCCCCAUAAUUUUACAAGACAACACUCCUUCGUUUCUUUUGUUCUUUUCUGUUUGGCUUUAUAUGUAAAACAUUUACUUCAUGUAUUUUAAUUAAUACUAAUGUUUUUAGCUUUUCAUACAUAUAAGAAAACCUAGAUACUAUUUAAUAAUGAGAAAAAGACAAAAAUAGCACUAAAUCAAGUUUAUGUUCUCAAACUAGCAAUCAAGGUCAAAAGUCACAAAAAUAGCACUUAGUAUUUUAUCAAAAGUCACAAACUUAGGGUU